AUGUAUACCAACAGUGACAUUGGUCAUAAAGUUGGUGUUUCGUGUGGUGUAGUGGAUGAGAGUUGUGAAUUGACAAAUCUUUUUGUACAUCUCAUCGAUGAGAUCAUCUUAAAUGCACAUAUCAGUGUUCAAAGACGAAUUGCACAGCAAAUCAGUGACUUAUUUACUGAUGAAAUACAACAACGAGCAUCAACGUAUCGUUUCUUGUUGUGCCUUAAGAAGACUAAUAGUGGGGAUGGUGACUUAAUGAAAGGCGAUGGCGACGAUUGUGUGCACAUGCAUUGUAGCGAUGAUUUGAUGAUUCGCUGUUUGAAAGCAGUUCAGCUUGCAUCAGAUGAAUCAGCAAGACUAUUGUUGUGUCGUUUAAUGCAAGGCUAUAUAUCGCACUGUAAGCCUGCAGCAAUGGAACGCCGUGAACGUCGUUUAGUGCGUUUGGAUGCAACAAUUUAUGUGAUGAGGGCUCUGUUGAAAACACUUCUAGAGGAUACAACAGUUUCAUCGCAGUCAAUUGUCGUUGAUAAUUUAUCGGAAUUUUUGUUGAAAAUGUCAAAUCGAGAUCGUAAAUUCACUCUCAAAUUUCGACUCGUCGGUUUAAUCGGUGUAUUGUACAAUCGAAUAUUUGCUGGAAAAGAACUUCAGUGUUCGGAAACAUUAAUUCGAUUGAUGUGUCGUGGUGUUCGUUCACAGAAAUGUAAAAGCGCAUUAAUUGAUGGAAUGAUAAUACCGGUGAUACAAGGAUUAUUCGAGCGGUAUUUCGCGAUGAUCACUCUCAACGACGUUGAUCGGCGUGGCAGUAGAGAGCUGUGUCUUAUUUCAUUGGCUUGUAUUGGACAGCUCUCUAAAAUGAAGAAAGGCCAUGAACAGUUAAUUGCAAAUGGUGUAAUUGAAAUGUGUGAAUGUGCACUUAACAGUAUCACUGACGAUUUAAAAAUACUAUCGGAAGAUUUACCACUGUUAUCUUAUCUGCUUAAGUUGCAAAAUCAGUUUAAGGAUUUGUUGUGUGCAUUAUGCAUGCGUUGUCUACCUGCAAAGCCAUAUCCACUCUCGUCGUCGCAAUUGUCGUUUUCAUUUCAAAUCCCUUUAAGUCGCCCGACAAUUUCCAUUCAACACUCAGUUGAUAACAGCCCACCAGAUGGAUCGACGAAUCCUUUGAAAAUAACAGCAGCAGUCUUCCGUCCUCCUCAAAAUAUAUCGCUAAACUCGUCGAACAGUGAUGAGAAUGGAAGCGCAGUUGAAGAAGAAGAGAGAAAAGAAAGAGAAGAUUGUUUGUGGGUGGUGAGGAAAGACGGUGGUAUGAGGAGUUGUUUGCAAAAUAUUUGUGAUGAUGACACUGAUAAUUUAGUUGAUGAUGUGAAAGAGAAAUGUUCUCUGUUGUAUCAGAAUCAAAGCUACGAUCAGCUAACGCGCAAUUAUGCUGCUUUCUUCGCUGAAUUCCUUCAAUCGUCAACGAAUCUCUCAUCGACUUUUAAUGCUCAGUCGUCAGUCGUCAUAUCACGCUCCGAACUAGUGGCUCUCAUAGCUCAGCAAACGAAUCCGGCAAAUAAUCGAUUUGUGAAGAUCGCUUUCCCAGAAUUGCUGGAUCGGAUCGUUGAAUGCAGACAGCAACCACUGCAACACAACACGGCUUCGAUAAGUUAUCUGCUGAAUAAAUCAUGUAAUUUAUCUUCUCAACAGGUGAAUAAACAUCAUUAUGAAUUGAUCUUAUCACCGGAUACCAAUCAAAAACGUCCACAUUAUCAGUGGUUCUAUUUCGAGGUAUCCAAUAACGAAGCUAAUGUACCAUAUACGUUCGAAGUGAUUAACUGUAUUAAAAGCACCUCAAUGUUUUCCAAAGGAAUGCAACCAGUGAUGUUCUCUGUAACUGACGCAUGUCUUCAUGAUCAGUGUGAGUGGAAACGCACCGGUUCUUCGAUUUGUUAUUAUCGUAAUCUUUAUGCUCUACACUCUAACUCAGUCAGUAACAAAUCAAACAAAAAAAUCAGUGCUAAAUCAAAACAAAAAAGAUGUUUACCAAUAAGUGGUACGAUAGUGUUGAUUUUGCAGAUCAAUUUGGAGCGUACUAUGAUGCGACUGAAUAAGUUGUCAUCGCCGCAUUCAUUUUACAUGCGUAAUGAUACACUGUGCUAUAGUUUGGCUGGUAAUACAGUACCUCUGAUUACUAUAACGGCGUUCGGAACGAACGAACAAAUUAACCAACGAGAAAUUGUGCUUCUUUCGGCACGCGUGCAUCCUGGUGAAAGUAAUGCGAGUUGGAUGAUGCAUGGUGUAAUAGAGUUUUUGAGUGGUUCAUCAUCGGAUGCGAUUGAAUUACGCAAUCAUUUUGUCUUUAAACUGAUUCCGAUGUUGAAUACCGAUGGAGUGAUCAAUGGUAAUCAUCGUUGUGGUUUAGCGGGUACUGAUUUGAAUCGUUGCUGGGAUGUACCAUCAUCGCUCUUUCAUCCAACUAUAUUCCAUUCAAAAGGACUCGUUCAAUAUGUUGUGGAUGUGCUGAAAAAGAAACCAUUCGCGUACAUCGAUUUUCACGGUCAUUCAAGACGCUACAAUGUUUUCAUGUUUGGUAACAAUCCAAAACAAUCGUGGAAAUUAUCGGAUCGCACACUGUCAGAUUGCUAUGAUCUUGAUCAAUUUAUGCUGCUUCCGCAUUUGCUGUCUCAGGUGUCACGUUCGUUUUCCUUCUCGGAGUGUUGCUUCAAUAUCACAAAAGCAAAAGAAUCCUCAGCUCGUGUUGUCUUAUGGCGUCAGUUUGGUAUUAAUUGUGUGUACACAAUGGAAGCAACUUAUUGUGGAUAUAGCAAUGGUCCAUACGCCAAUAAUCAUAUUGGAAUAUUUGAACUGAAAGAAAUAGGUCGAGAUUUAUGUAUUGCAUUAUUAGCAAUGAAGAAGAAAUCAUUGGAAUGUGUUGGCACAAUGCAGAAUUCAACCAUUUUGAAGCAACACCAUAAUGCGGAUAGUACGAGUGUUUCAGAUUAA